AUGGAUCUGCCCGACUGUCCUCCGGGAGCCGAGGGCUACGAGGAUACAGUCACCGAAGUACCUAAAAAGAUUGAUUCAGAAGACGCAACUGCCUGUACUAAGGCGGAGCAGGAGUUCCAACAGCAUCUGAACAGCUUGAAGAUCAAAACCGAGGAUGGCAACUACCGCUGUAUGGUUGAGAGACGUGGAAGAGAUGUGUCAGGGAAGUGGAUAUACUUGUGUUACCCGUGUGCAGCCAUGUGCAGUGGGGAGAGGAUCCUGCAGACUCAUAUAUCAGGGAAGAAGCAUAAAGCUAAGCUGUCGAUGAAAAAUGUAUGGCCUUUGAGUAUAUUCAAUAACCAUCCGUAUGUGUCGAAUUCAAACUCCAAGUCUGCAGCAACUGAAACAGUGUUGCAAAAGAUGGCAGAGGAAGUGGAGAUGUUCAAGAAGAAUCCAUCCGAGUUGGAUCUGAAGUAUGAUAAGUAUCGGGAAGUGAGGUGUCACAUACAGGACACACUUGAUGCUGUCAAGGCUCCACUGCUAGGUAUCGAGUAUCUGAUAGAGCAUCCCCCCGAGCAGGCUCACUAUGAACCCUCAUACAUGUGUACUCUGUGUGGCAAGCAAGGUCACCCGCGGACUAUCGUCAAUCAUCUAACAUGCUUCUGGCAUCGAUACAACUAUCUACUCCGUCACUUCAACAAGGCCUGCGCCGCUCUAACUCCUUACCGGUCCCAGUCCAAGUACCGCGAGGGUGUGGCCAUCAUCAUGAACAGGCUGGCGCAGCGCAUACAAGACAAGUACGGUCGGCUGAGACCCGUCAACCUCGACAAGGAGGACUACGAAAAGGAGAGAGAUCAAAUACAUCAGUGGAUCUUCCGCGGCUACCACUUCACUGAGAAAGAUAAUUGUACUUUCGAAGAAGUUGUUGACGUUGAUUUGAUUACAUCACUAGAUUCUACCAAGACUUCGGGAGGGGGAAUCACCUCUAACAGGGAGCCGUCACCUCCGGUCGUGGCAGCGCCAUCUAAACCCUUCGGUUCUAAACGUAAUCCCCGACGUCGCGGUUCAAUGGAGUCGCUGUCCGACGUGAGUGACGAGCCGGAUAUAAGAAACAACAAGGACGACAAAAUGUUUAAAGGACGAGGCGAACCCCCACGGUAUGAACCUUAUAGCUCCCGUCCAAGAACCAGUCCCUAUACAGAUAAGGGUUCAACGUCUCGUCCUCACAACUACUCAUACAAGGUGAAGCUGGCGGAUGAGAAGUGUGCAGCGGCCAAGCAGGCGGCCAGGAGGGCCCGGGACUACCACGAGAAGAACCCGGAGAAACAUCCGCUAUACCCCGACGAGUGGAGGAAGUUCUGGAACAGGAGAUACAAGGAGAUACAGGCCGAAGGCAAAGAUCCAUCCAAAUACGACUUUAAGCCGGAGUGGAUCGUGUACUGGACGGGCAGGAUGAAGGAGCUGCACGAGGAGGAGCUCAAGACGACUGUUCUGGAGAUAUACAGGAGACUGAGACUCACACCGCCCGACGCCACGGACAGACGUCGUUCGUCUGAUCGUCGCAAAUCUUCGGAACGUCGUCGGUCAGCUGACAGGAAGAGAUCUCUUGAUCGACGGAGAUCAGCUGAGAGGAGGCGAUCAGCUGACCGCAGGAGGUCCGCGGAGAGGAGACACGCCCACCCACACACACACGGACCAUACACACGGACACCGGACCACAGGAGGAAGACGCCCGAGCGGAGAGAGCGCAGGUCCCCAGGUCACACCCGCGUUCCACGUCGUCGCUCCCCUCUGAGGCACCUUCGAACACGAUCAAGGAGUCCUAUACAUAAAGCGAGCAGUCCUCGUCGUCGUUCGCCUCUGUCCCGCCGCGGGUCGGUUCCUCGCAACCACAGCCCGUCCCGCGAACAACCCUCCAUGCAGACAGUCCUCAUCUCGGACGAUGAACUUAAACCUGACGAAGGUCUAUCUCCCUGGAAUUCUGCGGAGUCUCUGGGUUCUCUCCCGGAAGCGAAGUCCCCGGUCCGUCGCUCGGCCUCCACCAGCGUGUCUAAGUCGUCUCGCAGGCAAGACUUCCACAAACAGGACUACGACGCUGAAAACGUAGUCGCUACAUUAAGACUACUAGUAGCUCUAGAAGACUACCUCGGCAGCUUGGGCCCUAAGAUCGUAGAUUUGUUGGCGGAUGCGCUUAAAAUGGAAAAGGAUAAGGCGAAUUCGUCCGAAGAGUUGCUCGACAACGAGAAGGCCGUAGUAUUGAUCGAGACGGCCAAAGAGAAACUGAAGGGAGCGGCUCAGGCGGGACUGGUCCCUGGCAGCGCUGCCGCCGCAGUGAGGACAGCUGUAGUGAGAGCAGCCGCCACCCUACACGCAGCUGACAACAGACUCAAGAAGAAGAAGGAAAAUAAGGAGAGUUCCGGCGGUAAAGGCGUCCCCGUGGCGGGGGUGGGGGAGGUGGACCGAGCACAGAUCGCUAAACAAAUGGCCGCGGCGCUAGUGGCUCAGGGGAAGACAGACGUGUCCUCGGAGGAACUGGCUCAGCUGGUUGAUGCUGUGGUGGGUAUGGCUGAAGCGAAAAAACGUGAAGCGGAGUCCAAAAAGAAGGUUGAAGCACGAGCCAGCAACAACCAGACGGCGCGACAGACGCUGGCGGGCUCGGGCACCACGUCCGCCUUGAAGAUGUUACAGUUCGCGUACGAUGAUAAAAAGUCCGAUAAAGAAGACGUUCCGGACGUGAUGGAUGGGCUGUCAGACUCAGACCUGGAGACUCUCCUCAAAAACUUCAACGAACUAUCAGCUGAGGAACAACAUAGCCUCAUAGCGUAUCUCAAGAAGCUUGAAGCCCGAGAGCCACAGCGUGUGGAACGAUUGAGACAGUACGUGAGCGCUGCGGCGACACACGUGCACGGCGAUACUGAGGAUAAAACUAGCGCUAAGGAACCGGCCGUCGCCAUUGAGAGCGAUGACGACGACUACACUGUAGAAGACGUUUUCAAAUCGGCGACACAAAAAGUAAAAGAAGAUCAAAUCCGUCAAGAAAUGGAAAUUGUGAAGAAAUCAUUGGAAGAGACCAAGGAAUCAUGUAUUAUAUUAGAGUCCACGCCGCCAGCUAACACGUCUGUUCCUAAUAUUAUUAAUAGUUUCUCAUCGGCCACCGACCUGUUGGCGCUGGUUCAGGCCACGUUACAAUCGACACCCGCACAGACCCCGGCCGUCGGUCAAGUGAUGUCAGAUGUAGUCAUGAGUACUACACAACCCAGGUCCUUCGGCGACCUGCCUGAAUCAGUGAAACCUCAACCACACUUACUUCCUACAGCAAAUAAACAAACUCCCUUUAUUCAGCAAAAUAUGUCACAAAUUUCUGCCAACAUAACUAAUAUUGCUAAUCAAAAUAGUUUCCACAAAGCUAACAUUCCAUCUUGGGAGACUGGACAAGAGGCAAUUUCAGAUAGAGCUAAUAUACAACAAUUUGAUAAUAAUGACAACCAACAAGGAGGGAGUUAUCAAGAUAACUUUCAUGACGUAUCCAGAGGAUGUCAGGAUAAUUAUUAUCAAGGAAAUAGAAAUCAGGAUAGUAAUUACUAUCAAAAAGAACCAGAGUGUAAUAUUAAUACAGGCGCAAGGGUCCCAUAUAACCAACAAAACAAUUAUAAUCAGACUCCAAAAGGAAUGCACAAUAAUAUGAAUCAGGGACAAAAUAAUUUUAAUCAGUUACCUCAAGGGUCACAAGACAGUUAUAAUAAUUAUAAUACAAAUCCCGGCAGCUACAAUCAAAAUAGAUGUCAAGGAAAUUACAAUCAAAACGCCAGAGAAAAUCAAAAUACCUUUAACCAAUUAGGUAGAUUUGAUAAUAAUUACAAUAAUCCUGCACCGCGGAGUCCUAUGGACUAUAAUAUGGGCCGAGGAGGUCAAGGCAACCCCAGAGGUCAACAAGACAACUCAUAUAAAAACCAAGGGAACAGAGGUAACUUUAGUGGUAACAACAAUAGAUCUCAAGAUAACUUCAAUACUCGAAAUUCAGAUCAGCAAAAUCAGUUCGGCAACAACCAACAGAAUAACUUUAGAGGAAGAGGCAGAGGAUACGGCGGUCAGAGAGGGCGCGGCCGCGGAUAUUAUUAA